CCGCCUUUACCAUCUUUUUUCUUUACUUAUAUUAAAAUGUCAACAGAUAAUACAACAUCUUUAAUUAUAGCCCUUCGUGGCGCACAGGAUAUCGAAACUGAAGGCCGUAUCAUUCGAUUCGGCAAUGGUGCCAAUCUUGAUACUGUUCGCUCUCUUGCUGCUGAAAAGCUAAGUAUUGCUGGGGGAUAUGCAAAUCUCCAGUUAUUGAAUGCCAAAGGUGAGCUUCUCGGCGGUAUUGAUGAUGUACGCAAUCAGCAAGUAGUCUACAUUGAUAUCAAAGAACAGAUUCGCGAGAUCAUUCCCGGUCCUACAAAGCUUCCCUUUGUUGGUAGCUUAUACGAAAUGCUUCCAAACUUGACAGAAGGCUGGAUAAGACAAUUCAAAACAUAUGGUCCCGUGGUUGAAGUUUCCCUUCUCGGUAAAUCCAUUGUUGGCACCAAUGACCCUGUCAUCGCCGAAAUCUUUGCUAAAGAAUCCGAGUUUUUCACAAAAAAGAUUACAAAAGCUGGUUUGGGUGAAGUCAAGGAAUUUGCUGGUCAAGGAUUAUUCACUACUGAUACUGAUGAGAUGGACUGGCAAUUAGCACAUAAGCUCUUGAUGCCUGCUUUUAGUCCUCGUGCUAUUAAGGCUUAUCAACCAGAGAUGGGUAUUAUCACUCAACAAACAAUCAAGGUCUUUGAACAGUACCGCUCAGAUGAACCUGUCGAAAUCCUCGACUGGACUACCAACUUGACGUUUGAAACUAUUGGCCGUAUUGGUUUUGGAUAUGAAUUCAACCUUUUGGAAGGACGUGAUCAAAAGCCCAACGAAUUCAUCGAAGCCAUGGGUUAUUGUCUGAGACAAGCUCUUCAACGUGUACAACAAGCUGAGUUUGUAAAAUCACUCCCUAUUGAAGCCAACCGUCGCUUUGAUCGUUCUGUUCGCUUGAUGCAUGAAGUUGUCGAGAAUGUUAUCCGUGAACGCAAGAGCAGCCCCGAUGCUACAAACAAAGAAAAAGAUCUCUUGGGGUUCAUGUUGAAUGCUCGUGACGAACAUAACCUUGGUUUAUCAGAUGAAAACAUUAGAGAUCAAGUUGUUACUUUCCUUAUUGCUGGUCACGACACAACUGCCAAUACACUUGCUUGGACCUUAUACGAGUUGGCAAAGAAUCCUGACAUACAAGCCAAGGUGCUCCAAGAAAUUGCCGAUAACCACAUCUCGCACGAUGAAUUACCUACUCCUGAACAAAUUUCAAACCUCAAGUAUAUGCAUCAAGUAUUGAAGGAAACCCUCCGAAAGUAUCCUCCUGUCCGUGCUUUAUCCAAGUAUUGUAAGAAAGAAUGCAUCCUUCCUGGUGGAUACAAAAUUAAGAGCGGUCAGCCUUGCUCCAUUCAAGUCUAUGGUAUGCAUCACAAUGAAAACGUCUAUCCCGAGCCUGAUCGCUUUGACCCUGAUCGCUGGACUCCCGAAGAAGAACAGAAGCGUUCUCGCUUUGCUUGGUUGCCUUUCAGUACUGGUCCUCGUGCCUGUAUCGGUAUGGCCUUUGCCUUACAAGAAGCCAAAACUGUCUUGGCUAUGCUCUUACAUCGCUUUGAUUUCAAGCAUGAUGGCUCUGAAGUUCAAUAUGAUUUCAAGAUGGCUACGACUAAACCUCAUGAAUUGUUUAUGACUAUUCAUCCUCGUGAAAAUUUCCCUCAGCCUAGUGGUAACGCAUCACCCAAGCGAGCUGCAGCCCCUACUGAACCAACUAAGAGAGUCAAUAUGCCUGUUGCUUCCAAUGAAGGCAAGAUAGAAACUGAAUUGCCUCCUAUUACCUUCCUCUACGGUACCCAAACAGGUACUGCUCAAGACUAUGCUUCCAUUUUGGCUGAUCAGGCCAAAAACUUUGGUUUCAAAAAGGUUACAGUUUCCGAAAUGGACAAAUGGAAGGUCUUGGCUGAUGGUAAAUUCAUUUCUGAUGACAAGAAUACAAGAAAACUCGAUAAGGAAUUGGUCGUUGUCUGUACAGCUACCUACAAUGGUCAACCUCCUGACAAUGCUGAAAAGUUUGACAAGUUUUUAGAAGACAAGACAAGAGAAAGUGAUCAUGAAAACUUAUUGACUGGUUUAUCUUAUACUGUGUUUGGCCUUGGUAACAAGAACUGGCGUACUUACCAAUACUUCCCUAUCAAGGUGAACCGUUGUCUUAGCGAACUUGGCGCCGAACGCAUAUUUGCUAGUGGUGAAGGUGAUGCUGAUAAAGAUAUGGACGCUGCUUUCAACGAAUGGUGUGCUCAUUUCUGGUCUCAUGUUUUGGAUAUGUAUGGUAUUGCUCCUUCUGAAAGCAAGUCUGUUGUUCCUUCCGCUGUUUCCAAGGAAAGCACUGUUGACAUCACAUUUAUCAAGCCCACCGACAAGGAACACUGGGAAGCUGGUAUCAACAAUCGCUAUGGCAACACGAAUGCCAUUGUUCAUGUCAAUCAUGAAUUGCAAAAAGAGAAUUCUCCUCGUAGCACGCGUCAUAUUGAAAUCGACAUUUCCAAGCUUUCUCCUAUUGGUGAAGACGGCAAGCUUUACAGCCCCGGUGAUCACUUGGAGGUUAUGCCUGAAAACAAUCAAGCUACGGUAGAAGCUAUUGCCUUGAACUUCAAUUGGGUGCUGGACUCUGUCUUUGAAAUCAACCAAGAGACGCUCUCCGAUGUCUCUCCUCGUUCUUUAGCUGCCAAUAUCAAGGGACCUUGUACCAUCCGCAACAUGCUUAGAUACUAUGCUGAUGUUACCUCUCCUCCUUCCCGUGCUGUCCUUGGCUGCUUUGCUGCUCAAUUGAAAUUGGUUGCUCCUGAGACUGCCAGCGAAUUCGAAAAAUUGGUUAUGCCCGAUGCCAAUAAUCAAGAUCAAUAUCCAGAUUUCAUCAAGAAGCACCGUACUCUUUUAGAUUUGAUCUAUGCUUAUCCUCAGGUCAACCGCUUAGAUCUCCGCCAAUUCCUUGCUGCCGUUCCUGUCAUUCAGCCUCGUCGUUACUCCAUCGCUUCAUCGCCACUGACAUAUCCUCAAUCUGCACACUUGACUGUGGGUGUAGUGGAUGAUGUUGUCAAUGACCGUCAUUACCCCGGUUUGUCCUCUUCCUUCUUGAAGUCCGCCAACAACUUGGCCAUUCGCGCUACGCUCAAAUCUUCCAAGAACACGUUCAGCCUACCUGAAGAUCCUCUUACUCCCAUCAUUAUGAUUGCUGCAGGUACUGGUUUUGCUCCCUUCCGUGGCUUCCUUCAAGAACGCAAGGCACAGAUGGAAAAGCUUGGUGCAGAUAAGGUUGCCCCCAGUGUCCUCUUCUUUGGCUGCCGUCGCGUCGACCAAGACUACAUCUACCAAGAAGAACUCGAAAACUAUGUCAAAGAUGGUGUUUUGUCUCAUUUACACGUCGCCUUCUCUCGAAGCGAGCAAAAGUCGCCUAUCAAGUACGUCCAACACCAAAUCCUUGCUAAUGCCACUGAAGUCUGGAAUCUCUUGCUCCCUACCGACGGUAAGACCAAGCCUGCUGCCAUCUAUAUUUGUGGUAGUGGCGCCAUGAGUAGAGAUGUCCGCCGUACAUUCUGUAAUAUGGCUGUUUCCUUUGGUGUCACUUCCUCUGAAGAAGAUGCACAAACUCUUAUUGGUAAACUCAUGGACCAAAAGAGAUAUAACGAAGACGUCUGGGGUUAA